AUGCUCGAAUCAGACAACCUAAGAACAGCAUCGCUGUACAUCAACAACCAACUCUUAUCCCGCGGCCUGCUGCGCGAUGGCCAAAACAUCGAUUUCGCUGACCCAGACCCGGGCGUGGGACUCCAAGAGGCCAUGGCAAAGAUUAUGGGUCUUGUCAAUGACCUCAUACUGCGACGUGACCGAGAUGCGGCCCACCGCGAAUCCUUGAGCGACACGUUGCUAGCCCUGCGAGCUGACGCCCAGCGACAUACAACAGAAAAUGAAAGGCUGUCGGAGAAGCUGGUAGACACACAGCGCAAGCUCGACGGCGCCGAAGCGACAGAACGCACCUUGCGCCAACAGAUCAAGGUCACCGAAUCCACAGUACACAAGCUCAAGGAUGAGAUGGCCAAGAUGAAGACGUUGGUUGCGCAGAGUCGUGCCGCCUGUGCGAAUGAGGUGCGCAAGCGGGACCGGCAAAUUGACAGUCUCAAGAAGGCUGUAGUAGACGCUGGGAGGGUCAGAGGGGGGAACAAGAGCCGCAACGUCGUCAGUAUCACUGUAGUAGGCGAUACGGGCGUCGAGGGCAAGGAAGACGUUGUCAGGUGUGGUGUCACUGAGGUCGAGGGCUACAGCCUGCGAAUGGAGACAAAUGAGUUUCUUACCGAGCUGGCGGCAAGCCUGAGCGAGGAAAACUCCACGCUUCUUAACCUGGUGCGUCGAACAGUUGAGGACUUGCGCGAGAUGAGCGGUCUGGAGCGCCUCUCUAACGAAGGCACGCAAGCUGCCGAGAACAAUACACAUGGCGCUCCUCUGCCGCCGCACAGGAAUGCUGGCGAGUUGGCAAGCGAACUGGAGGGCAUCCUAGAGCACCUAAGAACCAUACUCACCAACCCGUCCUUCGUUCCGAUUGAGGAAGUAGAAAUCCGUGAUACCGAGAUCGCCCGCCUGCGCGAGGGCUGGGAGCGUAUGGAAGCCCGCUGGAAGGAUGCUGUUCACAUGAUGGAGGGUUGGCGAAGACGUAUGGCGUCGAGUGGGCAAACCGUCAACCUGGAAGAACUUCAGAUGGGGUUAUGUCUCAGCCCUGUCCGUGUCACUGGCGCCAGGGGACCUGUCGAGGGCUGCGAAACUCAGUACCAAGAAUUGUCGUGCGUGCAGGAGGAGGAGGAGGAGGAGGACGACGACGACGACGACGAGGACGAAAAAGAAGAAGAAGAAGAAAAGGGAGCGUCUCAACUGGGACCACGACAAUCGACAGACCCUGCCGAAUCAUUGCGCCUUGUACCAGCACCAGGCUAUGGAGUUGAUGACGAUGACGACUCGGAUUCAAGUGAAUUUCAAGAGGAUGUCGACCUCGAUGAGCUGGAAGUAGAUGAGCCCAAUGUGCAGGUUCUCCAAGAGUCAACCGACACUUCCAUGGACUCGCCACCUCUACCGGUUCCGCCGCGGCUGAGCCCCUUGAAAGACUCACAUGCGGCCGCCAACAGGAGGUCGAAAAACAGCAAAAGCGGCCCGCACAGGGGGAGGCCAGGCGAUUUCACUACGAUCACAGAGGAGAAGACUUCAGAAGUGGCUACUGCCAGCCGCGAUUCAACGCCGCCGCCGCCACCGCGGCAUGGAGUGAGGCCUCAACGCUCCCAGAAAAAUAUUCAAUUGGAAAUACCAGAAGCACAAGAACUGAACAAAAACGGUUCUACCGCAUCGUAUGAUAGCACCUUGUUUGAAGCACCCUACGAGUCGCCGAUUCGCUCGAAUCCAACUCGGAAACUGUUUUCGAAACCCUCAACCGAGGUCCUGAGAUCUAAGCCAUCAUCAGAGGCGCCGGCACGCGGUGCGAAACAGCAAACACCGAAAGAGACCACACAGGAGAAACCAGUGCGAUCUUCCGGCAGGAAGAGGACGGGUGACACCACGGGAUCGCCUGUGGCAUCUGCCAGGCCCGUUUCAGGCACCAGACAGGCAGCAAAGCGGACAGCGUCGGCGCCGAGUGUACCAGCUGAGAAGAAACCAGCACCGAAGACCGAAAAGCCAACGUCAAAGUCCACUGGCAAUACCGCUGCACGCAAUCGAUCUCCAGUCCGAGGAACAGCAGCAAAAUCAGCACCGGCUCCCGCACCAGCGCCUGCAGCACCUCCAGUCUCCUCCCGCCUUCCGCGUCGCAACCCACCGCCACCACAGCAAAGUCCCAUAACAAUAGCUCGGAUAAAUGCCAAGCUUGAGGCAUCCGAGCGUCAAGCUGAUGCGGCUCGAGUCCGAGCAAAGCUCAAGGCAGCGCGGACGAGUCGGAAGCCGCCAACGACCACCAUGUCUCCUGCAAAGCCUUCACCGAUGAAAGCAGAACAAACCACUGACCCAGUGAAGAGAGAUGUACCAGCGCCACCCAGGUUAGUGGUCGAGACCGUCGAAGAAGAUGAGCUCUCGAGGCCGGAGGAUAAAGCGCAAGAUCAGGAUCUAAAGCCAGAGAAACGCCGACGGGAUAGGAAGCCAAACAAGGCUAUAUCUAGGCGGAGGAGUACGCUUAAUCCGUGGGAGCUGGACAGCCUGAUUAAGGGAAAUGUAGAUGGAGCGCCUAGUCCUUCGAGGUGA